AGAAUAAAUUAGUUUAAUGGAGCGACCUGUUCACAAGAUUCUUUUACGAUUUAACGUCUAAAAUAUUAAUAAAGAAUGGCAUAUGAUUUGAUUAAAAGAGUCUCGAAGGAAGCUAAAGGCAGAUUCACUAAAUCGUCAAAAACAGACGACAGAGUUUAUGAAACUAUAAAAGCAGUAGAACCUACUGUCGAUAUUCAAUUGCAGAGCGAAAUGCAUUGUCAUACCACAAUAUAUGAAACAAUAAACUAUUGGUGGAGUAAUGAGAUCAGCUCCAUUAAAGGUAAUGGGGCAACUGCAUCAGUUUAUGAAGGACGUAAUAAGACAACAGGAGAAAGGGUUGCAAUAAAAGUAUUCUCAAGAACAAUACUCUCUCAGUAUGAUAGAAAAAAUAGAAAAAGGGAAUUUGCAGCUAUGAAAGCGAUAAAGCAUAAGAAUGUUGUUCAACUAAAGGGAAUUGAAAGAAUUAAAUUACUUGAACAAGAUGCUAUUAUCAUGGAAUUAUGCGAAUGCAGUUUAGCUACCCAUCUAGCAAGACCGGAAAAUCAUUAUGGACUUGAAGAGUCAGAUUUUUUAACCGUUGUUGGCGAUGUUACCAGUGGAUUGAAAUAUUUACGUAACUUGAAGUAUAUUCAUAGAGAUAUAAAACCUGGUAAUAUAAUGAGAUACGUUGAAAUGAAUGGAAAAGUAACCUACAAGUUAGGAGAUUUUGGAGCGUCUAGAAAGUUAGAUGAAGGUGAAAAUUUUCAAUCUCUCUAUGGAACAGAUGAAUAUUUACAUCCGGAUAUUUAUGUAAUUGCAAAGCUUGAUCGUAGGAGAAGUGGAUCGUUUGAUGAAAGUGUUGAUUUGUGGAGUUUAGGUUGUACUUUCUAUCAUUGUGCAUCGAAUGAAUUACCAUUUAGGCCCUUUGGAGGCAGAAAGGCUAUCGAAGCUAUGGUGGAAAUGCACGCUAAAAAACCUAAAGGUGUGUUAUCAAUGUAUCAAAAAUCUGAAAAUUCUGAAUUUAUCACAUCGGAGCAUUUACCUCGAGAUUGUAGACUAUCGUCUUCUCUAAAGUCUUUAAUAGAGCCUCUACUCGCCAAACUAUUAGAGACGGAUCGCAAUGAAAUUAUCUCUUUCGAUAGUCUAUUUUAUAUUGUUGACGAUAUUAUGACUAAAAGUCGAAUACCCAUUACAAUAGUAAAUCAACUGAAGAGCGAUGUAAUUUUUGUUCCCAAUGAAAAUACCUUCGAAAAGUUUACAAAUAUUUUGUCAGAACAAACUUCAAUUGAUCCAAAUAAUUUGCUACUGAUAUGGAAUAGUACUGUUCUCUCUAAAUCGCAUUCUAUUGAUACUACAACAAUUACAAAAGAAAAUCCAUUAUUAGUUUUUCAAUUAAACUCCCAUGGGAUGAGGAACGAUAAGACUGCAUUGAAUGAUAAACCUAUUCAACUCAAAACUCUGGAAAGGAAACGUAGAAUUAAUGUCGUUGAUGUAAAAUCUGAUCUUAAAAACCUUAAGGAAAUAUCUAUAUCAGCCUACUCAGCAUACUUAUAUAUGACUCAUUUAAUAAGUAUGUUUAGACAAUGUCUUAAUAUACCAAAUAUUGUAGAAGAAUACUUUCAAAAAUCUUCUAUCCAACUGCACGAAUUAGUUAAGAAGCUCGAUAAUGAAUUAACAAUAAAAUCAAAUUCCUUUGAAUUAGUUACAAUCAUCAACGGAUCCGAAAGUUGUAGUAUAAAUAUUUCUGAAGAGUUAGAGCAGGUAUCUUCGGAAGUAAACUACUUAGAUAAUAGAUUAGAAAAUGAGAUAAAACACUUUGAAAGCCAAUUUCAAAAUCCUGAAUAUAGUAAAAUGAAAGAAACUUUUUCCCAUCAAAAAUUUCCGGAUUUACUUUCUGUAGAAAGUUCAUGGGAUUCAACUGUUUAUCAAGUCUUUAUGAGAGCGAAAACGUUAUCAAAGGAGAUUGAAUGUUCGAAUAGAAAUGAAAUAGAGAAAUACAAUGUCUUAUCAGAAAGAAAUUUGCUUAUUACUAAUAUUAUGAAAUGUAACGAAUACUUUAGAAAAGCCUUUCAAUAUUCUCAAGAUUUACAUCACUGCUUGAAUAGCUACAUAAAAUAUAUUGUACCUUUCUUAGAAAAUUUAAAUGAUAUUCAACAAAGUAUUCAAAAUAUUCAACACAAAAUCGAACUUUUGUCCGAACAAUGCGAUAUUAUAGUUCAAGAGUGUCUUUCCGCGAAAAAAUGCAAAUCUAAAGAGUUUAAAUCACAGAGAGUCGAAGAAGUUGAAGCAUUUUCAAUGAGAAUGGACAAUAUAUGGGCCGCGCCGAGGAAAGUAGGUCACCAAAACAGAUGGAUAUCUGUCAAUCUUGACAAAGAUGGGCAACAGUUUAUGACUACAAUGGAUAUAAGCAGUAAUUACGAUUCAGCUGAAGAAGAAGGGGAAGAAGACAACUAUUACUGCUACAAAAGUCCACCCAAGCCAUUUGCGAAGGAGAAAGAGAGCGACGAUUCAGAUGAAAGUGAUACAACUCAUGUGAACGACAACGAUUUCAUAAAGGAAGAAAUAGAAAAUAUAUUAAAAGAGAGUAAAAACUGCCGAGAAAGCGACUAUUUGGAAGAGAAUGAAAAACUCAGCGAACAAUUAUCCCAACUAAUUGAAAGCGUGAAGAAUAGUAAUCAAUUCUCGAAAUGA